AUGCAGAAAUCCUAUUUAUCAAUAAUCAACAUGGCACUUUUAUUUUCUUUUUUUUUGUAGUCUCCAUUUUUUUGCAUUCCACCAGUGUGUUUGUUUACAAUUUUUUUUUUUUCAACAAGAUUAGACUAAAAAUGUCUAAACAAGACAAAAUAGUAUUAAGCUAUCACGACAGCUUGCUGAGAAACAGCGACGUAUUUUUAUUAAAAAAUUCACAUUGGCUCAAUGAUGCAAUUAUUGGAUUCUACUUCGAAUACCUAGAGCAAACUCUUGAAUCUAACGAUAACUCAAAAAAUAUAAAAUUAUUUAGUCCUGAAGUAACUCAGCUGCUGAAGAUGACAGACCAGGAGUUCCCCUUCAUUUCCACAGACAUGGAUUACAUUUUCUUCCCUCUGAACAAUUGCAAGAACUCUGAUGCAGCUGGUGGGUCCCACUGGAGCUUGCUGGUGUAUUCUAAAGCUGAAAAAACUUGUUUUCACUUUGACUCUGCUCAUGGAAAUAAUAAUUCUGAGGCUCGUUCGUUCGGGCUUAAAAUAUCAAAGCAGUUGCACGGUGACGAGGCUGCGAGAUUUAAAAAUGUUCAAUGUCCGCAGCAGGACAAUGGUUAUGACUGUGGUAUUUUUGUACUUUGUUUCACGGAUGCUAUUUUGGAGCACUUGAAAUCUAGUCCAAGUGUUGAAACUUGUAAUUUUUCUAAAGUUAAAUCUUUAGGUAUAGAUAAAAGACGGAAAUUGCUUGAUCUUAUUAAGAUAUUAAGUCAAGAAAAUAUUUUCAGAUCCAUGUUUCCUGGAGUGACAAUCAAGAAUUAUGCCGACGCAAUGUCAGCAGCAUUGAAAGCGGCUGUAAGUCGAGUAAGUGCUCGCCAAAAAUCUCUGAAGGACAGAUCAAAAGAAACUCCUCACCAAACACCACGAAAAAAGAAAAUUGCCGCCGACUUUUACGAGGGUAUUUACAAACGUCAUCCUGAAAAUAUUAACCCUUCUCAGGGCUACGAAAACACUCCACCCGAGAGACAAGUGAUGAGAGAUUCAUAG